GUUGUGACGUUCCCGCUCGGCGCUCUCCUCUCUUUCCUGCUCGGUGAAUCGGCAGCAGAUUAGUUCGGUCUGUUUUCUCCUCCGGUGUGUUCUGUGUUGUUGACGCAGUUAGCAUCGGUUAGCAUCUGCCUGCCGCUGUUUCUCCGUCACGUUCCUGCAACGUUUGGACCACCAGCGAACCGGUGGGAAUAUUAACCGAGCUCUCUGCUGGAUAAAUAAACGCCGAGCCCGGCAGGAACCAUGUCCACCGCUCUGGAGAGCUACAUCAACCGUACCGUUGCCAUCGUCACCUCAGACGGCAGGAUGAUUGUGGGAACCCUGAAGGGCUUCGACCAGACCAUCAACCUGAUCCUGGACGAGAGCCACGAGCGCGUGUUCAGCUCCAGUCAGGGCGUGGAGCAGGUGGUGCUGGGACUCUACAUCGUCAGAGGAGACAACGUGGCGGUUAUCGGGGAGAUCGACGAGGACACAGACUCCACUCUGGAUUUAGGAAACAUCAGAGCCGAGCCGCUCAACUCCAUCGUCCACUAGCCUCUAACCCCUCCUCCUCCUUUCUCUCUGUCGCCAUGGCAACAGAUAACCGCAUGACUCAGCUGUUCGUGUGUGUCUGCUCUGACAUUUUUCUGUUUGUAUUUUUUUAUAAAUAAAGAAUUGCUACAGUUGU